AUGGCUUUCAGCGAAGUCCCGAUUCUAGACCUAGCCUUGGCCAGUGAUCCAGCUACGAAGCCAGCCUUCCUCGCGGACUUACGGCAUGCCCUGAUGGAAGUCGGGUUCCUCUAUCUCAAGAACGUGGGCAUCCCAGAUGAGCUCUUCGCGGAUGUCAUCAGAGAAGGCAAGGCGUUCUUCGAUAUCCCACUAGAAGAGAAACUCAAAAUCGAAAUGAAGAACGCGCCCUCCUUCCUGGGCUACUCGCAGCUGUCGGCCGAGAUCACGGCCGGCGCCGUCGACCACCGCGAGCAGAUCGACCUAUCGACGGAGCACCCGGUGCCGGGGCCCGGGGCCCCGGCGCACCACAACCUGCUGGCGCCGAACCAGUGGCCGUCGGGCGACGUGCUGCCGCGGUUCCGGCCCGUGUUUACCGAGUACAUGCGCCGCAUGGGCGCCGUCUCGAUCCGCUUCACGUCGCUGAUCGCCGAGGCCGUCGGCCUGCCGCCCUCGGCCUUCGACAAGUACUUUGACGAGGGCCCCCGCCAGCAGCACAAGCUCAAGGUCGUCAAGUACCCGGACGUGGCGGAGCUGGGCCUCGGAGCGGCCGCCGCGGGCCACGGCCAGGGCGUCGGCCCGCACAAGGACAGCAUGCUGACGUCGUACCUGCUGCAGGCGAGCGCGCACCGCGGGCUGCAGGUGCAGAACAUGCGCGGCGAGUGGAUCGACUGCCCGCCCGUCGCCGGCACGCUGGUGGUCGCCAUCGGGCAGGGGCUCGAGGCGCUGACGCAGGGCGUCUGCUGCAGCACGACGCACCGGGUGCUGAGCCCGGCGGCGGGCGAGGGCGCGCGCUUCAGCAUCCCCUUCUUCCAGGGGGUGCGCGGGGACGCGACCUUCGAGGACCUCGAGACGGUCGGCGUGGGCGAGGUGCCGGCCGCGGUCCGGGCGCAGCGGGCUGCCGUGCUGGAGCGCAACGGCGGCCGCCUGGACGACGUCGAGUUCACCUUCCGCAAGGGCGGCGUGGCCAAGACGCUGGGCGAGGCGACCCUGCGGAACCGUGUCAAGAGCCACCCGGACGUGGGCGAGCGCUGGUACCCGGACAUCCUGAGGGACAUCAGGGAGCAGCAGGCGCGGGAGGCAAGGGAGAAGGAGAGGAUGAGCAAGGCUGGUGACAGUGGCAGCGCCGGCGGCACCAAUGGUACGCAACCGGCGGCUGUGGAAGCACAUUAA